CGCAAAGUGGCGUGCUCACCUUUUUCUGGAACGUGAGCGAAGAUCGGAGUUCGCUCUUCCCUCCCUCCUCUCCUCAAUCUUCAUUUUUAUUUUAUUAUAUCAUUAUUUAUUAAUCUCCUUCUUCUUCCUCACCAUAAUCCCUUUCUCUCUCUACAUUUCCUUCCCUCUCCUCUUUCUCUCUCCUCAAGUCCUCAGACAACAACAACAACCAGAAUUCUUCCUUACGAUUUCAGGUUUAUUUAUGGCGAAAGUUAGCAGGGUAAGGCGUCUCAAGUACAGAAGCCGUAAUGGCAAAACAGAACGAUAUCAGAUUCCUUCAUGCUCGCACAAGAUUUUCAAAGACAUAAACAACAAGUCUUCUAAGUUGUCAGAGAAGAAAGAUUGGGAAGAUGCCAAUUGCUCGGUUUGCAUGGAGUCCCCUCACAAUGCUGUUCUUCUGCUUUGUUCCUCUUACAACAAAGGCUGCCGCCCCUACAUGUGUGCCACUGGUUACCGCUUUUCUAAUUGCCUUGACCAAUAUAAGAAUGCAUACAAAAAAGGAACCCCGGGCUCUACCACUCCGGGCCUCAACCCUGAAUGGCCCGAGGAAAAGAUGGAAGCAUCUGAGCUUCUGUGUCCACUCUGCCGUGGGCAGGUGAAGGGGUGGACCCUAGUUGAACCAGCUCGGAAAUAUCUUAACAAGAAGAAACGAACAUGCAUGCAGGAGAACUGCACUUUUGUUGGUAACUACAAACAGCUGAAGAAGCAUGUCAAGAAUGAGCACCCGUGGGCCCGACCCAGGGAAGUGGACCCGUCCCUUGAAGCGAAAUGGAAAAGUUUAGAGAGGGAGAGAGAAAUAAGUGAUGUCAUGAGCACGUUUUCACCAGGUACGAUUGUUUUGGGGGAUUAUGUUAUUGAUCCAAACUUUAACCCCUUCAUUAGUAGAGAUUAUGACAUGGAUAUGGACGACUUGUUGGGCGAUGAACUUGAGUCUUUUGGGGCAAAUGGUAUCAGGAGCGGCGGAUUCCAGUUACGGAGAAAUUAUGAUUCAUAUGACGACGACGACGACGAGGAUGAUGAUGAUGAUGUUGUCGGAAUAAGCCGGCAUUCAGCGAUCCCGCUAGGCCGUCAUCAUAGACGAAUGUUGUUUUUGGGAAGGUCGCGUCGGAGGAGGAGGCGGGAUUGAUCUUUGUACAUUAUAAAGCUGCAACUCUUAUGGCUCCUCCCUUAAAAACCCCGCUCGAAGUGGUUUUAAUCCUUGGUUCAACUUCUACAAUUGUUUGGGGGCCAUAUCUACCAAUGCAAUGCAAUGCAAAUGCAAGUAGAAGUGAUGAAAUAUUUUCUUUGUUUAAUUUAAGGUGGUUAAUUUGGACAUAAUUGUGAUUUUUAGAUUUACAGGUUUAUAAAUUUCUCUCAUGUGAUUUGGCCUUGUAGGGAUAGACCAAAAAGUACUUCACUCAUUUAAAUGCUUGUUUGUGCAUAGUCAAUAUUGACCUGUAGGAUGAAUCGUUCAGGUACAUUUGAUUCUCUUUUUAACACCAAUCAAGGAUAAUUACUCCUGAUCGUUUCUCUUUCA